AUGUUCUCUACUCCUCAGCUUAUCUGCUCAUCUCUUCUUGUUGCCGCCAUUUUGGCACAUCCAUUGGGCUAUGCAAGCCAUGAAAAUGGUAUGCAUAACAAUGAAUAUGGCGCGGACGCUGCUCACAAAAAGGGAUUCCAUCAGAAAUCGGAGCACGGUGGACAUGACAUCGCUAAUAGCAACUAUCAAACUGAUGGAAAAGGAGCUGAGCACGGAGAAUACGCUAAGGAUGGCGCUGGACAUAAGCACAAUGAGCUCGCUCACAAUUCGGCUCACGGAAGCAAAUAUGUUGAUGAUGCCGCCAACUACAACAAAGACGUGAAGACUAAAACCUUCGGAUUCUUCGAUUACCACUACGUACAACCACAAUACCAUAUGGAGCAGUACCACACUGACGAGAAGCACGCCGAUAAGUAUGCGGGAGAUGAGCACAACGCCGGACACAAGCACAACAACCGUGGAGGAUAUCACGCUGACGGUUAUGAGGGAUACGACAAGGCUCAUGAGAAGCACGGAGCUUCCCACUCGGAUUAUGGACACGAAGAUGACGGACACAAGAAGACCUACGACGACAAGGACGGAAAAUAUGGUGGACAUUCCGAUGGAUAUUACAACAAGGGAUAUCAAGGAUACGGUCACGGACACGAGAGCGAAGCCUACCAGCCAUCAUACUACGAGCAGCCAAAGUAUGGAUACAGUGAGCCACACUAUGGAAGACAUGGCCACUACGAGCAGCCAUACUAUGGAUUCGAGGCUCCACACUAUUGA